CUGUUGCAAGUGAAAAAGUUGUUAGGGAAUGAGCGACGAUUGUUUCAAGGCGAAUUUGAUGGUGAAUUGAUUGCUGCAAAAAAGAUUAAAGAAGCGGAGAAAACAGCACUUUUUAAUCUACUUCAUUUAAGCCACGAGAAUUUGAUUAAAUUUCGGUUAGUUUUGGAAGAUGCUUGUUUCUUUAUUAGUACCUUAAUUCAGAUUACCCUGUUUUCUUUUGAGUUUUUUGAAAUAACAAUUUUACUGCGUUUCAGACUACUUUUUUACUGUCUAAAGAUGAAUUUCAGAGGUUUUUUUACUGAAAAGUCGGAUAUCUAUAUUAUCAUGGAACUCUGUUCAAAAGGAUCUCUGGAACGACACAUUUACAGUGACAAAGAAGUCACAAGAGAAAUUUUUUGCAAGUGGGGGGAACAAAUUGUCAAAGGAAUGAGUUAUUUACAUUUAAAUAAAAUCGUUCAUCGUGACUUAAAACCUGCCAACAUUCUUUUGGGGGAAGAUGGGUUGUUGAAAAUUUGUGAUUUUGGUUUGUCGUGUCGAAUCUCCGCGUCGCAAAGUACGUCCAUUAAAAACGCUCUUGGCACUUAUUCUUACAUGCCACCAGAGAUGUUUAUUACGCAUCACUGUUCAAAAAAGAUGAGUAUUCACACUGACGUGUGGAAUUUUGGAGUGGUAAUGUGGGAGAUACUGAUGAGGGUAAAACCUUACGCACGUUGGAACUAUUAUCAGUUGACUGAGGGAGCACGUUCAAAGUUUGUUUUUGACAUUUAA